AUGCAUCAAAUGCCUAAACACGACAACAACGGAAUCAAUGAUAAAUCAGAGUCACUGGAGAUAAGCAAAAAAGUGACACUUAUUUUGGGACAAUUACUCAUUGAUUACGACAAAAAUCAAAGACCUGGACAUGGAGGUCCGUCUGCAGUGAUUACAACAAAUCUUGAGAUCAGGAGUAUUGGUCCCAUAUCUGAGUUGAAUAUGGAAUAUUCACUUGACUGCUAUUUUCGUCAGAAAUGGUUAGAUAAACGAUUGGAGUUUUCCGGUCCCUCAAAAUUUUUGAGCCUUAAUAUUAAUAUGUUGGACAAGAUAUGGAAGCCGGAUACAUAUUUUCAUACGGGAAAGGGAUCUCAUUUACAUACUAUUACCCGUCCCAACAAAUUUAUUAGGAUCUCCCAGGAUGGGGGUGUGCUCUACUCAAUGAGGCUGACCAUUAAAUCUAUGUGUCCCAUGGAUUUACAUCACUUUCCUAUGGAUAAGCAAAGUUGUCCACUUAUUUUUGGCAGCUACGGCUAUCCAAACGACCAGAUAGUGUACAGUUGGGACAGCAAUCCACUAAGUUUUGGUGACUUUUCUUUAUCUCAAUUUGAUUUGUUAACAACUCCUUACCGAAACGGAACCGUUAGAUUUCAAAGAGGUAAUUAUUCAAUGCUCCAGGCUAACUUCAAUUUGCGUCGACACGUUGGCUACUUUCUCAUCCAAAUAUAUGUUCCCUGUUCUCUAAUUGUUGUACUCUCUUGGGUCUCAUUUUGGAUUAAUAGAGAAGCAACUGCAGAUCGCGUUGGUUUAGGCGUUACAUCAGUUCUCACACUAUCGACCUUUGGUUUGGACUCCAGAAGUGAUUUGCCUCGCGUUAGUUAUGCCACAGCAUUGGAUUGGUUUACAAUAAUCUGUUUUCUGUUUGUGGUAUUCAGUCUAUUGGAGUUCGCUGGCGUGCAUUACUUUACUAAAGUGGGAACCGGAGAGGUGCCAUUCAAUGCAAUCGAUGAGGACUGGGCUCAGGAAAAGUAUGACUCCGACAAUGAAAAUCCAUUGAAUAUAAUAGAACCCCCAAAGGCUUAUCAAAACGACGAGAAAAAGCUUAAUUGUAUUUUUUGUCAGACUUACAGAUUGGAUCAAAAGAGACGAUUAUCAUCUCGCCGUCGGUCCGCCAAAUGCCGAGUUUACGACACGACUUCAGUGUUUGACAUGAAGUAUAAAGACAUAUAUUGUCCAAAACAUGGCUUCAAAUCAAUGGACAGCCAAUUAGAUAAAUGGCGUCGUCUUGAAAGUCUUGAACAAUAUCUUACAGAACGAUAUCGUUAUGUAAAUAAUGAGUUUAUUAACGAUCAAAGCGAUGAAAAUUAUGAAGACAUCGAUGACCAGGACUUAGAGUAUGAGAUGGAACUGAACGCACAGUACGCUCACCGAUACGGCAAUCAUUACGUGACCGGCAAUACUGUUACCGAUUGUUCUGUUGGCGACCCGAUAACUGCUAGCGAAGGACACCAUUCGCACGGAUGGACACAUAAACUAAUCAAUUGUUUUCUACAAUUCUGGUACUGUUUGAGUGUUAAUCAGGAAUACAAGGCACAAAUGAAACGCCGUCGGGCCAGAGGUCAGGGACUGACUGCUGCCAACAGUGUCUCUAUGAUCGACACAACCAGUCGUAUAUUAUUUCCAUUUGUUUGGAUUCUUCUGAAUCUCUUUUAUUGGGUUUUUCUUAUUAUUGAAAGGAAUAGUGAGUUCAAAAUGUAACACUUCUUUAGAGAGACAAACACUCACACAAUAACUGGUUCUUCACUAUUUAGUC